CCCAGUGCCAAUUUAGGCUUUUAUAAUUUAAAAAUGUGUUAAUGGAAGUUUUUCCAUAGAAAUGAAUUGCAGUAUCUGCCAAACUAUUGAUUAUUCUGAGAUAAAUUUUAAAUUCGAAGCUAGAAAAAUAACCAAAUCCUUGACUUAAAUGUUUUAAAAUGUCCCGAAGGCAGAAAAAGUUUAGCAGACACAUUCUUUACACUUCAAUUUAUUUGAAGAUAAGAUUUGAGUCAUUGUGUUUCCCUUCAUUUUUCGUGCAAUCAGUCUGAUUUUAGUUUUGUGACAAACAAGCAUUCAAGUUAAUUAAUAAAUUAGUGAAUUAAUUAUCGGUUAAAAAAUAGUUUAAUGACCAAUUAAAAUUGUGCUAAUGAGCAUUAUACUUGAUGAGCAAAUAAAAUUUUUUCUGAUCACAUUUUGGAAGGGCUCACAAUCAUCAAUGAAUUAAAAGUAGUCAUGGAAGUCGGAGAUAAAUCAAACGAAAUUUUACUACCAGUGAAAUCUUUAAUUGUUGAAUAUGAAAAGGAGCUGUAUGAUUUAAAAAAAUUUAUUCAUCAACAUCCUGGCGGUAUAAAUAUUUUGCAGCAUAAAAACUACAAAAAUAUAGAUGCAAAUUUUAAAAACUCAAAUCAUUCAUUAGCUGCAAAAUAUUUACUAAAGGAAUAUAAAAUAAGGUCAGACGUUAAUAAUAAAGAAGGUUUGGAGCAUUUAGUAGACUGGAAUAAAGCGAUGGUUCCUCAAAUUUCUAAACUUGAUAAAAACUAUUACGAAUGGGUAAACUUGCCUGUUGAUCGACCCUUGAAGCUAUUUGAAUAUGAUCUUCUUGAAAUCUUCACGAAGACUCCAUGGUACCUUCCUUUACUAUUUUGGAUACCUGUGAUUGUAUUUUUCAUUAUAAAUGAAUCUUCAUCGUUUCUUACAACCUUUGAAAUGUAUUUGAAAACAUUCAUUUGGCUUGGAAUGGGAAUUUGUCUUUGGACAUUGUUAGAGUAUAUUCUGCAUAGAUUUGUUUUUCACAUCAAUGUUCUUCGUUAUCCACGAUUAAAAACAUUUCAUUUCAUGUUUCAUGGAAAUCAUCAUAAAGUUCCAUUUGAUGAAUAUCGAUUAGUUUUUCCUCCAAUACCUGCAGCUAUUUUAACAGCAAUUGGAUAUCAACUUUUAAGAGUCUUUCAUUAUUUCAGCUUAAUUAGUCAACCCAAACUACUCCUCGCAGGCAUAUUAAUUGGAUUCUUAGGCUAUGACAUGACACAUUACUAUUUACAUUUUGCAAGUCCAAAGAACGCUUACUUUUACAAUCUGAAGAGAUAUCAUUACAAACAUCAUUUUGUAAGCCAUGAAAAAGGUUUUGGAGUAAGUAAUACAUUUUGGGAUAGAGUUUUCUCAACGGAAAUUCAAUUGAACAAGCUCAAAUAUCUGCUGAAAUGGAAGGAAUAAGUAAAAUCAAACAAUAUCAAUUUGCUUUUUUUUAAAAAAUACAGAUUUUAUUUUAUUGAAUUUUAACAUUUUGAAACUGAUGAGCACCUCUUUUAGUCUGUAAAAAAGAUGUCUUGUUCAAGCCUCCUUCGUCAGUUACUGAAUUUUGAAUUAAAAUCAACAAAUUCAAAAUUUAGCAUCCAGAUCUCACCAACGUGGAGGUGAAGGUAGGCACAUGAAAUUAUCAGAUUCACUGAACAUUUCUUUGAGAUCCGGACACGACAAUUAAAUAACUGUCGUGCCCCUCAACGCCAUUAGUUGAGAUUGGCAAUAAAAAUUCUUUUGGUUUUUGAAUUAAUUGGUUUUUUGUGCGACCUGUUAGUCACAUUAUUAAAGUUUAGGCAUAUUUAUUUUGAUUAUAACCUUGUGGAAGUUUAUUUAAUUAUUUUUGCAAUAACUUUUGCAUCCAAAUCAGCGUUUAGUAAUAAUUUACACAAUGGCCAUUAUGCAAUAAUAAUAUCAAUACAAAUAUUGUCUCCAUCAACAUCCCUCUAAUGGGCUAAUAAUAAAAUUCUCUGAAGCAUUUGGAAAUGGGACGGACCGGAAAAUUCCUUAUCAACCAUUUCAUAAGAUCUGAGACAAUUUUUAAUCCAUUCUAUAAUAUCUUCACUCAAUAUUACAGAAUAAUUUUAAAAUGUUUAAUCUUAUCAGACCCUUUUAUAUUAUGAUUUCACAAAUGCAUUCAGAUAUCUUAUGUACUUAAUUAGAGUAAGAAAAAUUCUACUAUUUAGUACAGACUACUAACAUACACUUUCAAAUUAAUAUAAUUAAGUAGACAAUACUUUGUGCGAUUAGUAAAGAAAAAAAAAUCUCUUUGUUAUGAUGUAUGUGACGAUGAAAAAAAAGCCCUCGGAAACUCAUGAAUGGAAUUUAAGUUUCCUCCAUCCACCCGUUCAGUUGUGCCUCCAUCAGAGUACUGAACACACCUUAGAUACAUUAAUUUAUAUUAUUUGAAUUUUAAUGGAAUAUAUAUAUCAUAUUUUGAUCUAUAAACGGAUACAUUUCAUUUCAUUCAAAAAUACUUAAUUACUUUAAGUGCAACAUGUUAUAUAUAAUACAUAGGACAUUAUAAUUAAAAAUCUAAAAUAUUUCAUUGCAUUUCCUGCUAAACAAAUUCUUCCAUAAGCUUCAAAUUAUAUGCGUUAAUCAAUAAACAAAAUUGGCUUUAAUCCCUUCAUAUUCGCACUAUAUAAAGUAAUGAGUAAGUUUUGUUGGCUUUUUUUUUUUUUGAUUUAUCAUUCAAACAAGAGUUUAAGUAAAUUAAAUCAAAAGAAGGAUACAAAGUAAGAGGUGAAAAAAUUGGCUCGAGCUUAAAAACAAAUUUUUUUAUAUAAAAGCACUGAUUAUUGGCAUUAAUCAAUAAAAAUAAGUAAUAUAAAAAGGAACUUUUAUAUACACUAAACAGAACCCAAUUAUCACAUUAAUAAAAAAAAAAGAUAGUAAUGAAACAUGGUGAUUAGGUAUGACAAAUUGUUAUUAUCCUCAUUCUUUAGCAAUUCAAUAAUGUAAAUAGAUAUAUCAAAAAAUAUGAAAAUAAAACUUUCAAAUGCACGCAACACUUUUUUUUGACUUUCAUUUCAACUUUUUUUCAGGUACUUUUUUAAUUUUAUAAUUAUUUAAGACUCUUACUACAAAAAUAUGUUUGCAUAUCACGUUUCUUAUAAUCAUAUCAUAUAAUCAAAGUAAAAAUAUAUAAUCACAACACCUACAUGAUCACGAUCGAACAUAAAAACUCCUGGAGACAUGUGACAAGAUUUUAAUGUCACAUAUUCAUCGAGACGGAUCAUCUUUCCUUUCACACUUUUCCGCCCUCUCCACAGGCACUUUCUUAAGCACAGCAUUUCUCUGAAUGAUUCAUCAUUGUCUCUUCCUCUUUUUUUUUAAAAAAAAAACUUCUCUUGUAACAACUCAUAAAACAAACUGUUAUAGAACAAUCAACAUUUUUACAUUUUUUUUAAAUUAAUGGCACAGCACUUGUCCACAAUUCAUAUAUUCAACCUUUUUCAUCAUCAUCAUCAAUAACAACAACAUCAGAAACAUUCACCGAAAGGAAAAUAAGGACGGAAGGGUUUGAUUUUUUACUUUUAUCAAAAAAUAACUGGAAAGAGUCCUUAUCAUACCGAUGAAUUUAAGCCAGUGACGAGAAUUUUGGCGUGCAAAAAAUCUUUUAUCAAACUGGCAAAUGAAAUAUAUUACUAAGCAUAAUAUAGUCUCCAGGAGAUAUAAGGGAUAAUAAAACUCACGUGAACUUUCUUAUAUUUCAAACUUUAAGUAAAAAACAUAUCAUGAUUAAUUAAGUUUUAAGUAUAUAGAUAAGGGAUAAAAAAAAACAUAAACUAAUGAAUUAAACUAAAAUCAUAACAAAUAUUCAUAUAUGUUUGCAAUUAUAGAUGUAAAAACUAAACUUGUAAACGGCACAAUCAAAAACGAACUUUUUAUUUCAUCUGUCGCACUUUCUAUUCAACCACUGCUUCAAACUUCAUCAUCAUCAUCAUCUCUUUCUCUCUGAUUGAUAAUCUCUUUCAUAAAUUAAUUUAAAUUCUGCCAUAUGUCUAUAUAAAAUAUAGCAUUCUCAAUUCUUUUUAUGCUAAAUGAAAAGAAAUAAAGGAAAUAGAUAGAAAGAAAACGAAAGAAAUGUGGACAAAAAAAAUAUGAAUGUCAUACUUUCCAACAAUUUUCCAUAAAUAAUCCUACAUUCAUCCUUAUAUUCGCAUAAUGUAAAUAUAUUAAAACGUUUUUGUGAGGUGGGUUAUGCAGGUGGAAGGUGAAAUAAAAAUUUGUUUUGAUGAAUUUUGGGAUUUUUUUUUUAAUUUUUUGGUUUUAUAAAAGGCGAGCGCACAUAAUCCAUGUAAUAAGUUUUUUAAAAGGCGAUAAUAUUAAAAGUAGUAAUUAAAAACAGAUAGAAAAUAGAAGAUAAAAAAUAUCAAAAAAAUUAUGGUGAGAUUCCCAGCGAAAGACAAAAAUUCAAAUCCAAAUAUGUAAAUAUAUAUUAAAAAAAAACUACCAUUAUACAAGACUCUGACUUGCCCAAAAUGCAAUACUUGGUUUAAUUAUGCUGCAUCGACAUCUUUGGCUUUUGAUUACAUUUUAUUUCAGCUUUUUUUGUUGAGCACUCGCUACGGAAUGUAUUUUUUUUAAACAAUAUUUUUUAAAGGAUAAUUGUGGGACAAAAUUUGUACAAAUCUUGAACAUACACUUUAUGUGGUGAUGUCAUGAGUUGUUCAAAUUUAUUGUCAAACCACGGAUUGGAAAAUAAAAGGAGGAUCGUCUGGGACAGGCUCUCACAGUAUGCGUGCAUAUGCUUAAAUUCUAUACAUUAUACUCGAUUCUGCGAAAGUCAUUAGUCAACCAGGGUAGCGAUUGCGUAGCACAUAAAAAAAUGGUGCAUCUGCCAUUGAUUUUUGAUUACUGUUUUACUUUUCAUGCUUGUUUUGUUCUUGGUAAAUAAGAUUUUUUAUGUUUU